AUGAUUUGGCAACUAACAUCUCAUUGGUCACCCCUGGUUACAGCCCUGAUUUUUGGUCUGCUUCUGCAAGCACCAUUCACACAGCCUUCCACCAUCACACGGCCAAACUUUGUCCUGCUGCUGGCUGAUGAUCUCGGCAUAGGGGAUGUAGGUUGCUAUGGGAAUGAUACUAUCAGGACCCCGAACAUUGAUGGCCUGGCCAAGGAAGGAGUGAAGCUGACCCAGCACAUCGCUGCAGCCCCGCUCUGCACGCCCAGCAGAGCAGCUUUCCUCACUGGCAGAUACCCCCUCCGAUCAGGGAUGGAUGCUAUAAAUGAUUACCGUGUUAUUUUUUGGAACGCCGGCUCAGGAGGGCUUCCUCCAAAUGAAACCACUUUUGCCAAAAUACUGCAGCACCAAGGCUACAGCACAGGACUGAUAGGGAAGUGGCAUCAAGGUGUGAACUGUGAGUCCCGCAAUGACCACUGCCAUCACCCUUUAAAACAUGGAUUUGACUACUUCUAUGGGAUGCCUUUUACACUUAUAAGUGACUGUCAGCCAACAGAAACACCAGAGAUGGACAGAGCCUUCAGGAGGAAACUCUGGCUUUCCACUCAGAUGAUUGGCCUCAUUACACUCACUGCUGUCCUUGGGAGACUGACUGGCCUGAUUUCAGUCCACUGGAGAACGCUGACCUGCCUUGCUGCCUUCAGUCUCCUGUUCUUCAUAUCCUGGUUCUCGAGUUAUGGAUUUGUGCGGUACUGGAACUGCAUUAUGAUGAGAAACCAUGGAAUUACUGAGCAGCCAAUGGUGACAGACAGAACUACGUCCCUUAUCUUGAGAGAGUCCAUUUCAUUCAUUGAAAGAAAUAAGCACAAGCCAUUCCUCCUCUUUCUUUCCUUUUUGCAUUCCCACACCCCUCUCCUCACCACAGAGAAGUUUCUCGGGAGAAGCAGACACGGUUUAUAUGGAGACAAUGUAGAGGAGAUGGACUGGAUGGUGGGCCAGGUUCUCGAUGCUAUUGACAAGGAGGGCUUGAGAGAAACUACACUAGUUUAUUUUGCCUCUGAUCAUGGUGGAUGGCUGGAAAGACAGGAAGGUGAAAGGCAGCUGGGUGGCUGGAAUGGAAUAUACAAAGGUGGAAAAGCUAUGGGAGGCUGGGAAGGAGGAAUCCGUGUCCCAGGGAUAUUUAGAUGGCCAGGAGUGUUACCUGCAGGCACAGUUAUUGAUGAACCUACAAGUCUUAUGGAUAUUUAUCCUACUGUGGUUCAUUUGGCUGGAGGGGAAGUUCCUCAGGACAGGGUGAUGGACGGCCGGGACCUGCUGCCUUUGCUGCGUGGAGCAGCGGCACACUCGGAGCACGAGUUCCUGUUCCAUUACUGCGGCGUGCACUUACACGCCGCGCGCUGGCACCAGAGGGACACUGGAGCUGUUUGGAAGGCUCAUUACAUGACUCCCAAUUUCAGUCCUCCUGGAGCUGGGGCCUGUUAUGACAGAGGAUUUUGCCAAUGCUUUGGGGAAGGAGUGACCCAUCACAAGCCUCCAUUGCUGUUUGAGCUCUCACAAGACCCUUCUGAAGCCAAACCUCUCUCGGCUGACACGGAGCCCCUCUUUGACACUGUCAUAAGGAAGAUUGGCAGGGCCAUAGAGGAGCAUCGCAGGACCCUGACUCCAGUGCCACAGCAGCUCUCUGUGUCCAACGUGGUGUGGAAACCAUGGCUGCAGCCGUGCUGUGGGACCUUCCCCUUCUGCUGGUGUGAUAAGGAAGGUGAUAAUAAACUUGCUGACCUAUAA